AUGGCCACGGCCGCCACCGCUGACGCACACUCGGUCGCCGUCGCCGUCAACGGCGGCACCGUCCUGGGCAGGCGCCAGCCCGCGUCGGAAGACUACCCCCGGGCGCUGGACAUCUUCUACGGCGUGCCGUACGCGGCGGCGGAGCGGUUCCGUCGCGCGGUGGCGGUGCCGCCGGUGAGGCGGGGGGAGACGCUGGAUGCGCGGGACGAGGGGCGGGGAGAGGGCACGCCGUGUCCGGGAGGGGAGGGGAGGGUGGAGGAGAGCCCGCUGAGGCUGAAUAUCUUUCGGCCGGCUGCUUUUGAUGGUGCUUCGGGUUCUUCUGUUGCUGCUGGCGCUGCUGCUGGUGCUGCGGGUGUUGGUGUCGAACGUGAUGGUGGAGGCGAUGGAGCGGCCGAGGAUGAGACGAAGAAGAAGAACAAGCCGCGGCGGCGGCUGCUCCCAGUGCUGGUGUACAUCCACGGCGGGGGGUUCAACUUUGGCAGCCCGCUGGAGAGGGACCUGGGGGCCAUGGUGGCGUGGGCGCCGCGCGGGGUGCUCGUCGUGAGCGUGUCGUACCGGCUGGGCGCGCUGGGGUUCCUGGGGGGCGGCGGUGACGGCGGCGGCGGCGAUGGCGAUGCUGCUGUUGAGUUGAACCUCGGGCUGAGGGACCAGCGUCUCGCGGUGCGGUGGGUGGCGGAUUGGAUAGGUGCGUUCGGGGGGCAGGGACGGGAGGGGGUGACGCUCAUGGGCGUGAGCGCGGGUGCGCACUCGAUCGGACACCACAUGCUGUCCCCCGCGCCGCUCCCCUCACACCACAGGUCCAUCCUCGAGUCGGGCUCGCCCACCGCGCGCUCCGUCCUCUCGGCGCGGCAUGCGCGUCCCGCCGCGCAGCUCGCCUCGCUUAAGAGGCACGCCGUCGCCGCAGCAGCAGGACGACGGAGGCAACAGCGUGCGGUGGCGGCAAAGGAGGUGGUAGACCUGUCGACGCUGCCGCUCGACGACCUUCUCGGCGCGGCCGUGACCGUCUUCGGGGAGAACAUGGCGUCGGUGUGCUGGCCGUUUCAGCCCGUCGUUGAGGACACUGACAUAUCACGACGCCGGCCAAACUCCACGAAAAGGGACAGCGGCGACGAUGAUAAUGAUGACGAUGAUGCUAUCAUCCCCGACACGCCGCUCCGGCUCUGGGACCGGCUCCUCCUCGUCCGCCCGGACUCCCCCUCCCCCUCCCGGGACGCACGCCGGAAGCCGCCGGGCCCGAUCAUCACGGGCUUCUGCUCGCACGAAGGCACCCCCUUUGUGCCCACCCGCGCCGCCACAAACGACGCCUUCCUGUCCUUCUUCACGACGCUCAUCCCGGGCCUCACCGCAGAUGACCUCGCCGCCCUGCAGCGCCUGUACCCAGACCCCGUCGGCGCCUCCCCUUCCUCCUCCUCCCCCUCGUCGUCACUGUCAAAGCUAUACGCCAACCCGCCCGGCUGCCCUCACGCCGCGCAGUACACCCGCCUGCAGGCCGCGUACGCGCACUACGCCUACAUCUGCCCCGUGCUGCACACCGCCCGCGCCGCGUCCCUCUCCGCCUCCCGCGGCGGCGGGCCCGUAUACCUGUACGAGUUCGCCGCGCUGGCCGGCGACGAUCCCUCCUCCGCCGCCGCCGCUUCCCACGGCGACAGCUCCGCCGUCGUGGCGCACGACCCCGCGCACCUGCGCUCCCGCCCGGGCCUGCGCGCCGUAGCCGACGCCAUGAACGCGCGGUGGAUGGCCUUUGCGGCGUCGCCCGACGGGCUGUUCGACUCCUCCGCCGCCGACACGGAAGAGGAGGGGGGAAAGGGGGACGAAGGGAAAGAGGAGGAAGACGACGAGGUCAAGGGCCUGGCGUGGCCGCGCUUCGAAAGCCCCUUUGACGUCGUGGACCGCGCCUCGGGCAGGCGGGGCUCCGGCCGGCUGCUCGUCUUCGGCGAGGGCAACGACGAGGCCGCGGGCGGGCGCGCAAGGGGCACGCCCGUGCGCGUGCGGACGCUGACGGAGCGGGAGAUGGAGCAGUGCCGCUUCUGGUGGGACAGGAUGGCGCUGAGCCAGGGCAUGGGCGAGAGAGAGAGGAACGGCAUGUAA